CCCGAAUCGAAUCCUCUUCACGGCGAAGGAAGCAUUUUCUUGAGCAUCGACGGCGAAAGACCCUCCUACCCGCCUUAAACCGCGUCAAUUACAUUUCUCUUUCUUUAAGACUUCUCUCCUUCCUCUCUCUCUCUCUCUCUCUCUCUCUGCACUCUAUUGUCCAUCAUCACCACCGCCCACCUCAGAGCACCGACGAUCGCCACCGCCGGUUUCAGUCUCCUCCUUCCGCUCCCGAUCUCACUUCUCUUUCCACUGUUACGCGAUCUCUCACCAGGUAAUGGCUGGAGAGUCCGACAAGGCCCAGGACACUGGAAAAAGCUUGGAUGUCCCUGCUACUGAAAAGAAAGAUAGUGUGACCGUUGUAAAGAAGAAGCAGAGAGGAGUAAUAUCUCGAAUUUGGAAUAGACUCUUUAGACUACAUGGUGAUGAUUUUGAGAAGAGGCUGCAAAACAUUUCCAAAGAGGAAGCUGCUGUUGUUGCUAAAAUGAAGAAGAGAUCUCAGAGUUGGAGAAGGAUGAUCAGGCAUCUGAUAAUAUUCUCUGUGGUUUUCGAGAUUAUUGCAGUGGGUUAUGCUAUCAUGACAACAAGGUCGGUAGAUUUGAACUGGAAAAUGAGGGCGUUUCGGGUUUUGCCAAUGUUUCUUUUGCCUGCACUAUCUUCUGUUACUUACUCGGCACUUGUAAGCUUCACAAGGAUGUGUGACCGCAAGGACCAGAAAACCUUGGAAAGGCUUCGGACCGAAAGGCAAGCAAAGAUUGAUGAGCUUAAAGAAAAGACAAAUUACUACAGUACACAGCAGCUGAUUCAGAGGUAUGACCCUGACCCAGCAGCAAAGGCUGCUGCUGCAACUGUCCUUGCAUCCAAGCUGGGUGCAGAUUCUGGCUUAAAGUUGUAUGUGGGAGAUGAGUCUAAUCUCAACCCCACAGCAAAGAGCAACGAUGUCGAACUAGUCCAAUCUAGUGGGCUCCGAAAUCGGAAACAGUUACAUACAAGAUCCAGUAGCGCAGGGAGCACUGUGUCACAACACUCUAAUGAAGAAUUGCUCCAUAAUACAGCAGGGAUUGAGGGUGCUGAUACUUCUAACUGUAAUCAGCUGGUUGUUGAACAUCAUCAACCAGGAUCAACCACACAUGACGGAGGAUGGAUUGCUCGGAUUGCAGCAUUGCUGGUGGGUGAGGAUCCAACACAGUCCUAUGCACUUAUAUGUGGCAACUGCCAUAUGCACAAUGGGCUUGCAAGGCAGGAGGAUUUCCCUUACAUUACUUACUAUUGCCCACACUGCAAUGCCCUGAAUAGGUCAAAACAGCAAGAAGGUGUUCCCAAUUCGGACUCCCCUCGUAUUGUAUCUUCAGUAAUGGCAAGCAAUGUUAACCCCAUAAGGACUGUUAGUGGUACGAUGAGUGACGGGACACCUGUAAGUAGUAGUCCACUUGCAUCUGUUGUGGAAACCAUGGAAGUGAGUGAAACGGUUGUGUCUGCAAAUGUGGAUCCAGUUAGUUGAAGGCGGUCACAGAUGGGUUGGGUUUUUCUUUGUGGGCAAGAGCUUUUUGAGUGCUGGGACUAUAACGGGCUUGAUUGUCGUUUGGUUGUGUAAUGUUAGAUUUCCUCAAGGAGGAACUUGUGCUUGAUGAAUUACACAUAUAGAUCAUGUGGCAUGGUUGCAACCCUCGUCUGUUUUGGGUUUAUGCCACUUAGGUUACUGUGAAUCGGUCAAGUUGAUUUCGCUCAAUACAUGUGUGUUGUGGUUCUGAAAGUAAAUACAAGGAGGAAUUUGUUGCCAAAAUGAGAUCAAUACGAAAACAAAUGUAAGUUUACUUUUAGCAACAAUGUUUUGAACUUUCAACUGCGUUGUGGGAUCGUUUUUUCCUGUUUUGGAGAUUGGAAUGGUAUUUAUGAAUUUGUUCAUUUGAAGGCCA